AUGGAGGUCUUGGUCGAGGCGGCGACCCAGGUGCCUCAGGGCUGCUUCGUCAGCGUUCGUCUUGGUGACAACUUGAAGCAGCGACGCUUCGACAAGAACACCGCCAAGUACCACUUCCCCGUUCCGGAGGAGAAGAAGAAAGCGCGGAUCGAUGUCUACCAGCUUGUCGGCACCUGCUCGGUGCAGGUGGACCCAGAAUGUGGAAGCACAGAUGAGGUCAAAGUGAUCUCGUCCGAUCCCAGAGCAGAAGGCAUGAAACUUCGUGUCAGCUCAAACGGCAAGGAGAUGAAGGCCGAGGACACACAGAAACAGCGACAAGAGAUCGAAGCCGAGACCAAG